AUGGCGGAGGAUCUGAUUUCUCGUUACGAAAACUUACGUUUGGAGGAGGAUGAAGGAGGGAUUGUGGAUUUAGGGGAUGUGGAUUCUUCGAAUUCGCAGGAAAAUUUUAACCUUUUGCUGAUCGGGAGACUUGUGACGGAAAGACCAUACAAUGUUGAGGCCUUUAAAGCUACGAUGACUAAGGUAUGGGCAUUGUCCAGGAAAAUUGUGAUUAGAGUGCUUGGACCUAAUUUAUUUGCUUUUCAAUUUUUUCACUGGAGAGAUAAACAAAAAGUUCUUGAUGGUAGAGCUUGGUGUUUUGAUAACUUACUGUUGGUUCUUAAGGAGGUUGAAGGUGACAAACAACCUGAGCGCAUAGCAUUGUACCAUUCUCCUUUCUGGGUUCGAAUAAAACACCUGCCAUUCAAUUGCAGGUCUGAUAGUGAUGUUAGGGAGUUGGUGAGUAAUCUGGGCGAGGUGUUGGAAAUAGAGGAAGAUCUCCUGGGGCUUGAUCGAUAUCGUAGAGUUAGGGUGUUGAUUAAUAUUGCUAAACCCCUGCGUCAAUUUCAAAGAAUCCGUGACAAAGGAGGCAAGGAAAUUUGUGUGGAAUUUGCAUAUGAGCGUUUGCCUUAUUUUUGUUUCGCUUGCGGUGUCAUUGGACACUCUGAGAAAGACUGUGAGUUGGUGUCGGAGGAAACUAAGAAACAAAAAUUGGGGUGGGGUGGGGAAGGCGAAGUAAUGGAGAGUAAGGAGUGUGAUGAGGUGGAUCUGGAUGUCUUUAAUAAAUGCCUUGAGGAGAAUGUAGUGACUGAGGGGUUAGGGGAGUCCUCUGUGGCGAAUCAAAGUGCUACUCUAGCAUUGCCACAUCAACCUGGCAUCUCAGAAAAGGAGUUAUAA